AUGGCCUCUCUGGUUCUCUCUCUCGCCCGCGCGCCGCGCUCACGCACAGGCACCGGCGGUGGUGAGGGGUGGAGGGUCGGCGACGGGCGACGGCGGCGGAAGCUCCAGCCUCCAACCAUGGUCUGGCAACGGAUCGCCGGUCAGAAGCUCUUACUACUUGUUGCUGCCACCCUAGUCCUACAUCAUAGUACUACCACCUAUGUCGCUGCGUCCUCUGGGAGCAUCAGCAUGGCCUGGCCUGGCUGCUCAGAUAAGUGUGGCAACGUCAACAUCCCGUACCCGUUUGGUACCAGAAAAGGCUGCUUUCGAGAACCCUUUAAUGUCACAUGCAAUGAGACCGGGGCGUAUCUGGCCUCAACCGAAGUUAGGGUACUGGACAUCAAUCUUACCGUGGGUGAGAUUCGUGUUCUGAACCCACGCAUAUCAUGGGAAUGCAACUACACCAACGGCACCAGUGGCAACGGUUCGGAUGGCUUAAGCCUUGAUCCUUUUCAUAAGCUUUCCAACACCAAGAACAAGUUGAUAUCGAUCGGUUGUGCUACACUUGGAUUGAUCUUAGGAGUCACCAAGGGCAAGAACCAGCUUGAGUUCCCCAUUGUUAACACAUGCUAUUCAGUCUGCACUGAUGCAAAUAGCGUGGAUGAUAGCACAAAGUGCGUUGGCAUGGGUUGCUGCCAAACCCCCUUGCCAGGAAACAUUAGCUCCUUCAACACUGUAUCUUCAUCAUUAUCAUUUACAAACUCUACAAGCCAGUCUUUCAGCCCGUGCAGCUACUCAUUCGUCGCUGAGGAGGACCGGUUCAAGUUCGAUCGUUCAUAUGUCAGCUCUACAAAUUUCUUAAAUAAAUAUACAGAUGGGGUCCCUUUGGUACUUGAUUGGGUUGUUGGUAAUGAAAGUUGUUCGGAAGCCACCAAGAUGGGAUCACAGUAUGCCUGCAAAGACAUGAACAGCAAAUGUGUCGAUGUGUCCAAUGGCCCUGGAUACCGCUGCAACUGCUCUGAAGGUUAUGAGGGCAAUCCCUAUCUACAAGGAGGGUGCCAAGACAUCAACGAGUGUGAACCUCCAAACCAGUCCUUGUAUCCUUGCCAAGGUAAAUGCACAAAUACCGUUGGAAACUACAGCUGUUUCUGCCCAUCAGGAUUCAGGAGCGAUGAUCCAAAGAGCAUACCCUGCGUUCCAGCUGACCCAAAGAAAGCUCUUAAGGUGGUCUUAGGCAUAUCCUUCAGUGCCAUCUUCCUCAUGGUUUGUAUCUUUGCUCUACGAGCUGAGUACCAGAAAAGGAAGCUUGCGAAGGAGAAGGACAAGUUCUUUGAUCAGAAUGGUGGUCAGAUAUUAUAUCGCCAAAUUAUGUCAAAACAAGUCGACACAUUGAGGAUAUUCACAGAAGAAGAUCUGAAGAAGGCUACGGACGGGUUUGACAAGAGCAGAGAACUGGGCAAGGGUGGUCAUGGCACUGUCUACAAGGGCGUCUUGAAGGAUAACAGGGUAGUGGCCGUGAAACGCUCAAAGAUAAUGAACGUGGCUGAAACUGAUGAAUUCGUGCAGGAGAUUAUUAUACUUUCACAGACCAACCACCGGAAUGUGGUCAGGCUUCUAGGGUGCUGCUUAGAGGUGGAAGUCCCCAUACUGGUCUAUGAAUUUAUUCCAAACGGCACCCUUUUUGAGUUCAUCCAUCGUAGCUACGGGAGUCCACCUCCGUCGUUGGACACCCGUCUCAGGGUUGCUCAAGAAUCCGCCGAAGCACUGGCGUAUCUGCAUCUGUCCAUGAACCACCCUAUAGUGCACGGGGAUGUCAAGUCUAUGAACAUUCUCUUGGACGACAACUACAUGGCGAAGGUGACUGACUUUGGGGCAUCAAGGACACUCCCCAAGGACGCGGCCCAGUUCAUGACAUUGGUGCAGGGCACCCUGGGUUACCUGGACCCCGAGUACCUGCAGGAGCGGCAGCUGACAGAGAAGAGCGACGUCUACAGCUUCGGGGUUGUGCUGCUGGAGCUGAUCACGGGGAAGACGGCUAUCUACAAUGACGGGCCCAAGGAAGGCAAGAGCCUUGUGUGGUCCUUCCUUCUCGCAAUGAAGGAGGAGAGCCUCGAGGACAUCCUGGACCCGAGCAUCGUGCGCGCGGGGACGGAGAUGCUGCUGGGAGAAGUGGCCGAGCUGGGGAGGAUGUGCUUGGGCGCCAGGGGUGAAGAGAGGCCUUCCAUGACCCAGGUGGCCGACAGGCUGAAGGCUCUGCGGAGCACCUGGAGGGAAGAGCUUGUGCUGGACCGUGCCGUGACGGAGCAUAUGGUCGUGCACAUGCCACCUGUGUCAGCUCCGAUGCCUUGGGAUCUCGCCUCGUCGUCGUCGGGUGCCCCCUUGACGGUGCCGUACAUGUCUGGAAUGGGCAUAGAGGCGCCCAGAUGA